GAAGAAGAAGAGGAAGAAGAAGCUUCUGAGUAGCGCGUGUAGCUUGUGAGACUUUAAGGACUUAGACCACAAAGUUUCGCUCAGGUUGUCGUUUAUUAUCUCAGAAGAUUUUAAUUUUUAACUUUAUUCAUCAUGUCUCGAUACAUGAGACCGCCGAACAGCUCACUGUUCGUCCGAAAUAUUUCCGACGAAUCCCGACCAGAGGACCUGCGGCGAGAGUUCGGCCGAUACGGCCCCAUUGCUGAUGUCUACAUUCCUCUAGACUUCUAUUCAAGACGGCCGAGAGGAUUCGCGUACAUUCAGUUUGAAGAUGUCCGUGACGCCGAAGAUGCGCUGCACAAUCUGGACAGAAAGUGGGUUUGUGGACGACAGAUCGAGAUCCAGUUUGCACAGGGAGAUCGAAAGACCCCUGGUCAGAUGAAGUCCAAAGAGCGAGACUCCCCACGCAGUUCCUCCCGGUACGACGACGGCGAUCGAGGUGGUCGACGCAGACGCUCGCGCAGCCGCAGCUACGAUAGACGCAGAUCACGCAGCCCGUCCUACGAGAGGCGCCACCGUAGAUCUGAGAGUCCCCGAGAGUCCAGAGGAAGACCACGCAGCAGACGCAGUCGUAGUCGAGAGUAUGACAGGCGCAGACCAGCUGCCCGUGACCAGCACCGCUCUCGUGGCCACUCGCGCAGCAGGAGCCGCUCCCAUUCUAAAAGCAGAGGGAGGCGCUCCAGGUCCAAAUCCCUCAGUCCACGGGAACAGACAGAAUUCCACAAAGAGGGGCAGGACGGCCCAGGCAAAACGCACGAAGGUUCCCCAUCACGCUCCCAUUCUCAUUCAGGCUCGCGAUCCAGGUCUCGCUCGUGAUCUCCGGCGAACCGCAAGUCCUGGCAAAGGCUUAUGAUGUCAUCAUAGAUCUGUGUUGAUUUUUUUUUCUUUAUUUUGUUUUAUUCGAGUUCAGUUUAAAUGGUGUUGUAUGCCUGUAUGCAGACAUGACUGCAAGUUUUCAUUUUUCUUUUUUGAAAUUUUAGUAUUAAGAGAGAUUCAUCCUGAUGCCUGUUUUAGUAAACACAGUAAAAAGUCUUUGAGCUGCGGAGCAUGUUAAGUCAGGAAUGUUCAUGCUAAAAUAAAGUCUUUAGGUGUAAAGAUGUUCGUGGGAUUUAGUUUACAGACACAGCAGCAUUCAUGAGGCAUUGAACAAUAAGAUGUCUAAACUGCUUAAAAUAUUUUUGUAUGGAUUUUUCUUUUGGUUAACCAGUAAUGAUGUCUUCCAUGAGUGUCCUGAAUGUGUUUUUAUUGUGAGAUCUGCAGGCUUUUUACAUGUGACCUUAAAAUAAAAUACAUUUCUCAUG